UAACCCACAGCGCAGCACCACAAGCAUCCACUCUUUUAGAGACCACAGAUAGCUCCAGGAUGCUUGUGUGGGAAUCCAGGGAAGUGUAGUUUGUUGCAUCGUCACAGACACAAAAUGCUCACAUUGCUGGGCUGUGCUGUGCUGUGCUUUUAUUUCUGGGACUGCGCAGAUUUAGAAGUGCAUUGGAGCCGCAGAGAAGGUGCAGACAUUAGUCCUAUUCUAAGCCCCGGAACAAGAACAGGACACACACACACACACACACACACAGGCACAGAAAGGCACAGAAGAAGCAAGCAGGGAAACAGGCACGGCCCUGAGGGUAGUUAAGAGGAGAACUAAGGAUGCUUUAUACAGAAACCAUCUGAAAAAAACAUCUGCAUAGGAGUCUCUCUCUCCCCUCACCCCUAACUCUGCCUGUCUUCUUCCCGUAUUAAAUAGCUCCCUUUUUAAGGUAUAAUACGCUGAUCAUAAUGCACCAGUCAGUACAGCACUAGCCCACAUGUUCCCCAGGGGGUUUGAGAUAAGGGGAUGGCUUCCCACUAUUGGACUCUAAAAACAACCUCGGCCAGUGGAGGGCCAAUGUCUACACAAUCACCAGGUGUGUCAACAAGAGGGCGGAGAUGACAGGAAGGGGUGGGGGGCGGGUCCUAUGCGGGUGACCACACCACUUUCAGGCACUAACACCACUUGCCCUCACCCCUGUCUCUCUCUCUCGCCAUCCAAUCAAUGCCUUGCCUGCGUUGCCACCGGCACCCCCCCUCGUCCAGUCCAUGGCAGUCAAUGAGUUCCCCCUCUCUCUGGUUAGAUGACCCUUGACCCUUGAACCUUGUGCAUCACCACCGUGUGCCCGUACUCAUCUCUCUUAAUCGGUCAUCCAGCCAGAUUAUUGGCUCUCACUGCUUUCUGUGCUCAUGGGUCUACUAACACCAAACCGCCCUCGUCCCUCAACCCCUUUUGUUGAUGAUUAACACCAGAUGCAUGCUGGGUAGUUUUGAGUUGAGUUCCUCUCCUCUCUCUCUCUCUCUCUCUUAUUUUGUUGACUUCUUUCACCUCCGUGUGGACCUGCGUUGGUUUUGCUGUUUUUUUCUUUUUGUUGUUGUUGAUGUUGUUGUUGUGGUUAGCUGUAAAUGAGCUUGGAGUCCUGAGUUUUGUUGAAUGAUGAUGAUGAUGAUGAUUGAUGUGUGUGCUUUGGUGGGAAAGCCUGCUCUUUUUUUUUAUUUUUUCCUCUCGCUUGUCAUCUCCUCUCUCUGUUCCAUGUCUGUGUCUGCAAUGACCCGUCACUGGACAUCUAAGUGUCAGACACGCACCCUUCCCUUUCCCCUCCGUCCACUUCUCUCCUUUCACACAACCAGGGCCUUGGUAUGGUAACCCAAGGCCUUUCUCAUACCCCCCCCCCUCACAUAACUCUCUUUCCCUCUCUCAUCCUCCCUGUCCCACUCCUCCUUUGUGAUCUCUUUGAAACGUGUCAUUGUUCUUGAGCUCAUAGACAAUUCAAAAGUUUCUGGUCCUUUUUUUGUUCUUUUCUUCUGGUUUCCUUGCUAAUGCACUUGUGUUGUUCCUUCUCUCUGCCUCUCUGUGUUGUUUGUGUCCGUCCGUCUGGUGCUUUAUAUAUGUAUGUUUCCUGUCAUACGUAUAUAAGCUCCUCUGUCGAGGAGGCAGUAGAGGGCUCCAGUCUUAGACGUAUCCCGAAGACACUAUGUCUCCCAGUAAUAGAAGCUAGGCUAGGAAAUAUGGAUUUGCAGAUAUUUUACUGAUAGAGGAUAACAUCGGUCACCGGCUCCUGCAGAAACAUGGCUGGAAGCUGGGACAGGGCCUGGGCAAGAGCAUGCAGGGCCGGACGGACCCUGUGCCCAUCAGCCUCAAACAAGAUGUCAUGGGAAUGGGACGAAUGGAGAUGGAGUUGGAUUAUGCAGAGGAUGCUACAGAGAAACGUAGAGUUCUGGAGAUUGAGAAAGAGGACACCGAGGAGCUGCGGCAGAAAUACAAGGACUUUGCAGAGAAGGAGAAGGCCAUUGCCAAAGCUCUGGAGGACCUGAGGGCUAACUUUUACUGUGAGCUAUGUGACAAGCAGUACACAAAACAUCAAGAGUUCGACAACCACAUCAACUCUUACGACCACGCACAUAAACAGAGGCUGAAAGAGCUGAAGCAGAGGGAGUUUGCGCGGAACGUGUCGUCUCGCUCUCGCAAGGGUGGCAAGAAGCAGGAGAAGAUGCUGCGGAGGCUGCACGAGCUGGCCGAGCAGAGAAAGCAGCAGGACCGGACUCCUGGGAGUGGCCCCAUGUUCAAGGCCACGACAGUGGCUGUGGACGGUGAGAAGGAGGACGAAAGUGAAUCCUCCAACCCAGAGAGCGUGCCCAUGGCGUCAGACAGCACCAGCGAAGUAUCGACAGCUGAGGAGCGCGGUAACCAGGGCUCCCCGAGGCCCGGACCGCCAAUCAGCUUCUCCUUUGGGAAGCGCAGCAGUUCUCCGAGCACGCAGGCGGCAGCGCAGGCGCCCAAAGUCAGUGUGUCCUUCUCCUUCGCCAAGAAGGCCCCUGUGAAGCUGGAGACUGUCGCAGCUCUGUUCACCGACCCGGGAGAAGAGGUGCUGGAAGGGGAGGAAGGCCAGGAGGAGGUGGCUGGUGGAGAGAAACCAGCCGGGGAGACGGAGACAGCAGGGGCUGGGGGGACUGCAGAGGGCACAGCAGGUGGCGCCACGGCGAUGGCAGAAGUCGUGGUGGCGGGCAACGAAGACCAGCCAGCAGCCGAUGAUGGUGCUUCACUUGCCUCCACGCUUAACAAACUGAAGAUGAUGAUGAAGAAAGAGGAAGGCUAUGCGGGUCAGGAGCCCCAGUAUUACCACUACAUGCCACCUGCACACUGCCGGGUCAAACCCCACUUCCAGUUCCUGCUGUUCAUGAAGGCCUCAGACCAGUGCCUGAUCCGCGAGGAAGAGGACGGGGCAGAGGAAAAUGGGAAAAAGGCAGCAGUGGUGGGGGGGGAAGCAGAAGCAGCACCAGCACCAGCAGCACCAGCACCAGCACCAGCAGCAGCAGCAGCAAAAGAAACAGAAGCAGAAGCAGCAUCAGCAUCAGAAACGGCAGGAAAGGAAGGAACAGAAGGGAAAGAAGGGACAGGGGAAGCGGCAGACAAAGACACGACCCCACAGCCCACAGCCACAAGCUGCAAACCUGAGAAGGAACCGGAGAGCGAAACCACAGAGAGCAAGCCUGCCAAGCCCACUCCCUCCUCCUCACCCAAAGUGAAAACGGAGAAGAGUGAACAAGGUUCUGGAACCCCCACGGCGUCUGUCCCCGCCCCCACCACCGUCACCGUCCCCGCUCCCACCCCCACCCCUGUCGCGCCAGCAGGGGACGCCCCCAAUCCUGAGGGCCCCCGGGUGCCUACAGGCCCCUUCUUCCCAGUGCUGAGUAAAGACCAAAGCACCACCUUGCAGUGGCCCUCAGAGCUGUUGGAGUUCACCCGCGCUCAGCCCGCCCUCUCUUACAGCUGCAACCCCCUCUACUUCGACUUCAAGCUGUCCCGCUGCCGAGCUGCCAACAAGAAUGCCAAAGCGGCGGGUGGCAGUGGGGAGUCCAAACACGGUGUAACCGGGACAGCCAAAGCGUCUGGUGGGGAAGGUCAGGACCCUAAACAGGAUAAUCCUGACAGUGCCCCCUCGACAAGCCAGGUGUCAGAGACCGCAGCGAGGCCCUCGGAACAAAAGCAGCCCAACCUCAAGCCAGAGGGGGUUGAGCAGCAGGUGCUGGACCCAGAAGCCGGAGGAUCCAAGAAGAAGAAGAAGAAAAAGAAGCAUCGGAAGAGCAAGCAUUCCAAACGCAAAAACAAAGAGCGUGAGAGAACCGUAGGGGUGGAGGGAGAGGCUGAGGCACCAGCAGAGAAGACCAAAAAGAAGAAGAAGCACAAACGGAAGAAGAGCAAAAACAAGCGGUCUGGAGAGGAGGAGGAUGACGAGGACGGAGGUAAGGAGAAGGAGAAGGAGAAGGAGAAGGAGAAGGAGAAAGAGAAGGACAAAGACAAAGACAAGAAGAAAGAAAAGGAGGACAAAGGAGCCACUCCUCCCGAGUCUUCAGCUGGGGUUUCCACGGCAGCUGAGGCGGGGAAAAGGAAGCGUCCACUGAAGGAGGGUUCUCAACGCCCGGCUGGAGAGGAGAGCAAAGCUGGUACAUCGGAGGAACACAACGGUACCAAGCGUCUGAAGGUGGAACCUCGUGUUCCUCCAACGUCGUGCUCAGCCUCUGCCCAGCGAGGAGGCUCAGGCCGCGGCCGGCCGCCCAGCAGCGAGAGCGAGGAGGAUGGAGGCGGGGGCUCUAAAGGGUCCCAUAACCACCGCAGACGCUCCCGCUCCCCCCACGGCCAGAGCCGGCGGCAGCGCAGCGAGGACUCUGCCCGCUCCCGCAGCCGCUCCAGUCGCCAUGGAGACCACCACGGCCGGCGACGCCACCGCAGCCAGUCAUACUCGAGCAGCUCAGAGCGCUCCUCGGCAGGCAGCAGCUGCAGCAGACGCAGCCGCCACUACUCCGACAGCUACAGUGACUACAGCACGGGUGUACGCCACACACGCUCCAGCCGUCGCCGCUCCAAGCGCCGAUCCGACUCUGGCUCAGAUUACGAGCGCCGCAGCCGGUCACGCCGCCACCGUUACUCCUCGUCGUCCUCAUCCUCCCGUUCCCGCUCACGCUCCCACGGCCGGAGGAGGCACAGGAGGCGCAGCAGCUCUCGCAGCUCUAGCAGCCGGAGCCGCAGCCGGAGCAGCAGUAGUGGGCGCUCGUGGCGGCGCAGCUACAGCCGUAGCCCAACCUCGCGCUCUUCCGUCUCCAGCCGGGGAUCCCCUGCACCACGCUGCCACAGCCCCACACGCCACUUUAACCGCACCAGCAUCUACCGCUCGCAGUCCCCACGCACCUCGGGUCGCAGUGGCGGUGGGCGCAACAGCAGCUCACAGGGCACACGGACAGGCGGGAGUGAGAGCAGGAACUCACUCACGGCCCGGCAGCUGCUGGAGAAGAUCCAAUCCCGCAAGGGCUCAGACAACCACGGCUCGGGCACAAACAAGCCCGGCGGGAAGGUCAAGGACCCUCCACAGGGCUACUUUGGGCCAAAGUUGCCCCCACUUUUAGGUAGUAAAGGCAUGUUGCCCUUGUUUGGCAAGUUGCAGGCAGGUAAGAAGCCAUCUCUGCUUUCCCUGACCCGCCCUGAAGAUCCAGCCAAGAGUGCUGGGAAGAGCUCGGAGGCAGGGGGGGAGGUCUUCCUGGUAGAGCCCAUCAGAGAGUUUCCCCCUCCUCCGCCACCUGCUCUUCCGCCAGUGCAGAAAAAGCAGCAGCAGCAGCAGCAACAACAACAGCCGAAGCAGCAGGAAGAGAAUCCCCCACUGGCAACCAACGCUGAAGAGCUGCAGGUCCAUCCCGAGCCUCAGCUGUUUGAGCAGGAGCCUGGUCUUCUGAUUCCACCUUUCCAAGGAGAUCUGGCCCCUGACCCUUCUGCCCCCAUCAUGGAGCGUCUGAUGGGCCCGCAGCCCACCAUGCAUCCCUACUCGGGCUACGCCCCACCCAACAUGGACGAAGAAGAGUUCAUGGAACCCGAGGAGGACGGACUGGCGCCGCUGGAGAGCCAGCCGAUCACCUUCACGCCGGAGGAGAUGGAGAAGUACGGCAAGCUGCAGCAGGCGGCCCAGCAGCACAUCCAGCAACAGCUGCUGGCCAAGCAGGUCAAGACCUUUCCCUCUGCGGCGGCGGCGCAGGCAGCGGCCAACCUUGCUGCUGCCGCCAACCUCGUGCAGGCGCCUCCCCCUCCCCCUACUCUCCAGCAAAUCCACAUCCAGCAGCAGCCGGCGGUGUCGGCCGCCUCGGCCACCUCUAUCACGACCGUGCAGCACGCCAUCCUGCAGCACCACGCCGCCACCGCUGCCAUGGGCAUGCACCCACACACGCCACACCACCAGCUGCAAGCCCACGCCCACCAGCUGGCGCAGGUGCACCACAUCCCCCAGCACCACCUGACCCCCAUCUCGCUCUCACCUCUCGGCCAACACCUCGGCCAACACCUCGGCCAACACCUUGGCCAACACCUCGGCCACUCACUGGGCCACUCACUAGGCCACAGCGGCUUAAUCCAGGGCCACCACACGGCUUUCCUGUCUGGCCAGCCCAUCCACAUCAUCCCUGCCUCUGCGUUGCACCACUCACCCCUUGCACUACACCACAUGCCCCAUGCCAUCUACCCCACGCUGUUUGCCCCGCGGCAUUCCUCUGCGGCGUCCGCCCUGCAGCUGCACCCCUUCCUGCAUCCCAUCUUCUCCGGGCAGGACCUCCAGCAUCCCCCCAACCACGGCUCCUGAGAGGGGGGUGCUCUACUGGAGAAUAGACUCCAGCAGGGAAGGAGGAGGAAGAGGCCAGAUCCACUUCACGCCUGCCUUCUCCUGUGCGGCCUGACCUCGCCCAGUCAGAGUGCAGAGAGCAGGUAACAGGGCCGUCUCCUUCAGGCUGCUCAGACAGAUGAUGGGGUGCGACUCCCCAGCUGAUGUUCCUCCACUAGGGGGCACUGUCUAUGCAGGGCGGAAGCAAAGGAACGGCUGCGGUCCCCAUCACCUGACCUCACCUUGGGGGACUUUGGCUGGGCAGAGGUGUGGUGGUGGGCAGGGUAAGGGCUCCUUUGAGUCCCAGAUGAAACAAAGCAGGAAUCCACUGGAGUAUUUUUCUUAUUGUUGACUUCAAAUCCUGCAGUUGACAUUGGUCUCCUGUUUUGUGUCUUUUUUUCUUUUCUUUGUUUUCUGCCCAAGGGAACCUGGUAGGCUAAAGCCAUGAGGUAUGGGGGGAAAGAGGUUGUUUUGGAGAAUAACAAGCUUGUUUUUUUGUGUGGCAUAUUGAUAAUAUAUCCUGUCAUAAAAUAAGGUUUUCUAAGCUUCAAAGAAUAUUACUGUUCUCCUGCUCCCUGUCAGUGGCAUCUUCUCUCUCUCUCUCUCUCUCUCUCUCUCCUCUGAAAUCACGGUCACACGCUGAAGCAUCGGACCAGGCCACUUCAGCAGAUGCAUUAUGUGGUACUUGAAUUUGUCAAUUCUAAAAAAUAUUAAUGUAGAGUAUUUAGCUAACAAAAGCCAUUCUUAAGUCUUAAAAUGUCGUUCUACAGCUGACUGAACAAAUGGUUCACUGUAAAUUCUGAGGACCCAAGGUCCUCCAUUAGUACAAGGGACACCCAGGGACACACUGGUUACACUGAUUCAAAAUGUUAUGACGUUCUGAAUGUCAGUCACAAGCAGGAAGUGCCAAACCACUUUCCUCUUGUGCAAUGAAUGAAGUGCGUAGAGGUCACUGUUGGGUUUGUAGGCAUUCUCCCACCACGAUCAGAUUAUUUUACUCGAACUUGCACUGAGAUCUACACAUGGAGAUGCUGUUUUUCCGCAUCAUGUAACAAUUGUAAUGAUUGUAGUAUACUUCAAUAAUUUUAUUUUCUAUUCUGAAGCUUUUUUUUUGUUUUUGUUUUGUUUUUUUUAUGAUGUAUCUUCUCCUAAGAAAACAGGAUUUCCCUUUCUGGUGUAAUUUAGUUCAUUGUAAAUAAGGUUGCUGUAGUUGAAGUCAAAUGUAAAGUUCUAGAGGUUUGUAAACCCCUGUACAAGAUAAAAGAUGAUGGAAAAAAAAUACUAAAAGGCAUGUAUUUCUGAGGGAUGGGAAGCAAAAGGGGGGAAACGGUGUCCACUUUUGUCUCUGGAGGGGGAGGGUGCUUAUAUGAAAUAUACUCUGUACAGGGCAGUAUUGGUAUCUGCUUUUAUAAUUUCUUAAAUGAGUCAUCAAAAUAAAGCAUUUCCAGUUCA